CACAAGUCACUGGACCAGGAUGAGUACUCGUAUGCCUAUACGAAUGCAAUAACACUUGGCAGAAGAAACAUGUCGAAUGGUCACCCUAAUAAAGAAGAUCCACAAAAUACCGUGUCCAAUCAUGGUAAGGUUGAGGGUUUGGACAAGCAUGGUUCUGUAUUUCAUCCCAGUGCAGGGCCUGUUUUCAAAGUACUUGAAGCUCCAGAGUAUGCUGAGGUUAAUAAUCCCAAGGAAGAAGUUAAAAAUCGACCUUAUUUUGAUAGUGCAAUGUACAACAAAAAGGUAGAAAAAGCGCAAAAACCAAACAGCCAGAAAGAGCCUUUGUACAAUGUCCUUGAAGAUCCAGGAUCUUUGAAUGAACCCCUCGAGGGACGACAGGCUCCUUGUUAUCAGGUUCUGGAGGGGCCAUUUCCAGAGGGUGCUCCAUUGUAUGACGUCAUUGCGCAGCCACCAUCAAGUGAUAACCAAUAAAUCACUGGAAGGCCAAAAUCCUCGUGUACACUGUACCUCGAAUCGAGGUGAUGAUACCAAAAGAAAUGUUAAACAAGCUUGUAAUUACAGUGUCACCUUAUAUGAUUCCGUUGGGGAAGUAAUCAAUGACACAUCUGAUAUCUAAGUUUAUCUAUCAGGAACUGUAUCAAAAUGAUGAAAUGAAUAAAGAUGUGUACCAGGYCUUGAACAAUACAGAUAAUACAAGCAUUAUCUUUGAAUCAGCUCGAGUUGAGAUACCAUUCAAAUUCUUGAGCAUUAUACUUGUUCCUUUCGUAGGUAUGCAUUCCAGAAAGUAACGGAUGAGCUUUCCCUGGUAUCGGCAACAAACGCUUUAGUGAUAACCAUACUCUAAGUGUCCAUAACUUAGGCGAACCUUGCAAUAACAAAAAUUAGACUUAAAAGUUCUUCAGCAUUAUUUUACUCAUAACGCCUUAAUGUGUCUCUGGUUUUGAGUGUUAUAACGAACAGCAUUCAAACAGGGAUUUUGUCGACGACUACAUAAUAAAAGAAGUUAUAGUAAAUUACAGUACGGAUGGUUUCACUUUUUCUUGGUCGCCGUUUGUCCCGGCAAAAACGUCGAUUACAUAGAGCCUUUAAAACUAGAAAGCAAGUGUAUGGUUGAUACACAUUUAAUAAACUAGCAUAAACCA